AUGCCAAAGGUCGUCAAGGAGAGCAAGCGCAAGGCCGCCGCUACCGUCUACGAGGCCCCCCAUGCCGCCGCUCCUGCCGCCGUUGUGGAGGACGAGCAGCCCGAAGCUGGCCCUUCGACUGUUGCGCGCACCCUCCCUCCCAUUGCCGGCCUCGAGGACGAGCCGUCCAAGCCGUUGACCGGCGAGAAGAAGAAGAAGUCCAAGGCGCGCACGUCUGGCGUCAUCUAUGUCUCGCGCGUGCCGCCUGGUAUGACCCCGCACAAGGUGCGCCACCUCAUGGCGCGUUGGGGCGAGGUUGGCAAGGUGUAUGCGCAGAGCAGGGAUGCGGCGACCGGAUACAACCCCGACCACGCCAACAAGGAGAAGAAGAAGCAGCGUCACCAGUCGGCAAACUUUUCCGAGGCGUGGGUCGAGUUCCUCGACAAGAACGUUGCCAAGACGGUCGCCAACAUGCUCAACGCACAGGUUAUUGGCGGCAAGAAGGGUGACCGCUGGCGUGACGACGUGUGGACGAUGAAGUAUCUCUCGGGUUUCAAGUGGGAGAUGCUUGGCGAGCAGGUCGCCUACGAGCGCAACGUGCACCAGUCGCGCCUGCGUACCGAGAUCACCAAGGCCAAGGCCGAGCAGGGCGCAUACCUGCAAAACGUCGAGCUGGCCCGCGUGCUCAAGAAGCGCGAGGAGAAGGCCGCCGUCGUUGCGGCUGCCGACCCCGAGGCCAAGGGCGCUGCGCCAGCCAAGAAGGACGGUGCCGACAAGGGCAAGCGUUCCUACAAGCAGCGUGCUGUCGCCGACCGCGCACACGGUCUCGAGGCCAAGGGCAUGGACAGCGUGCUUGGCAGCAUUUUCGGCUAG